GAGGGCCAGGAGAGUGGGGUUAGGAGGGUCCGGAACUGAGGUACCGGGCAGGUAAGGAAAGAGGCUGGGCAGCGCGGCUCCAUCCCGUUCGCGCUGCCUGGAGGCUAGCUGUCCGUGGGAAUCCCAAAUCCGGACCUCCCGUCUCGACCGCGGGGAGAGCCCGCGGCACCUAGUUUUCAUCCUUUUCUUCUGUAAGCUGUCAUCAUGACCCUGACAAAAGGUUCCUUCACCUACUCCAGUGGGGAAGAAUAUCGUGGCGAGUGGAAGGAGGGCCGCAGACAUGGUUUUGGUCAACUGAUGUUUGCAGAUGGUGGCACCUACCUGGGCCAUUUUGAGAAUGGGCUCUUUAAUGGCUUCGGGGUACUGACCUUCUCAGAUGGCUCAAGGUAUGAGGGAGAGUUUGCCCAAGGCAAGUUUAAUGGUGUUGGCAUCUUCAUUCGGCACGACAACAUGACCUUUGAGGGGGAGUUUAAAAAUGGCAGAGUAGAUGGUUUUGGUCUGCUGACUUUCCCUGAUGGCUCUCAUGGAAUACCCCGCAACGAAGGUCUGUUUGAGAAUAACAAGCUGCUGAGGCGGGAGAAGUGUUCCGCGGUAGUCCAGCGGGCCCAGAGUGCCUCCAAGUCAGCCAGGAAUCUCACUGCCUGACAGGGGCAGCGAGCACCAGCUGGCAAAUGUCAGGCAAAACCAAUGCCCAUGUUAUUCACUCAAGGUGAACAAAUGAACCAGAUCAGAGAGGAGAAUGGCUGGGAGCAGAAGCUUCGUGAUGUGCCCCAUCACCCGCCAAUCAGGCAGGAGAUCACAGAACAGUUAGGAGGAUUCUGCCCUGUAGACCCUGAAGAAGUUGUUGCCGGUGCCAUCUUCCCCUUACUUUUACAUGCUAGAGGACCCAGGAGCCAUCUUUGCUCACUUGUGGUACUGUUUCUAAAACUUUGGGUUACCCACUGUAGACCUGCUGCUGCCUUGUAUAUUUUCUGCCAAGUUAUACAGAAUAUCUUCAUUCUGCCUACAUUUGGGGAAGACAAUCCUAGUCUAAAUUCAGGGUCAGUGCUUUGUGCUAUCCUGGAGAAAUUAUAUAUAUAUAAACAUAGGGUGACUUAGUGUGGUAGUCCUGUGAAAGUCACAGUCAGAGCUUUUCUUUUACCCCCUCAUUCACUGCCAGGUGGAUUGGUGGCUCCAAAUCUUCCACUUUGUCUGGUCAGAGUGGUAUUGGUCUCUGUUUAUUUCCCCCUGUGAAGGAUUCAGUAGAGUGCUAUUUCCCUCUUGACUUUUCAAGCUGUCUUUCUUACCUGAGUUAUAGCAGAUAAUCUCCAUCUGUGCCUCUCUCCCUCCUUAGAUGUGGGACAGGAUCCCUUUAUGGGAUCGUCAAGAAAAAACUUGUGUAAACAGUAAUCUUAUAACUUGCAUUUAUUACUUACUCUAGGGCAAAGAGUAGUCAUAUCUGGGCCACUUCAAACCCUACCACAGAGUAAACUGAAUCUUAAUGAUGGCUUGGGAUGACAUAGUUCCUUCCCAGUGGACCAGUAGUUCAAAUCAAUCUUAGCUCCUUGGGAUUUAGGUAAAAUUGGACACUCGUAGCACUGCAAUGAGCUAAAAGGGCAUUUGGCUCCUUGCAUUUGGUUCACUGUAACUCUUCCACCAUGAGCCUUGGCCAUCAGGCCUGGGGAUCAGAUCUCAACUGAUAGGAUCCCUGCACAACUCAUCGCGGAGGCCUCCAGUUACCCUUUGACCCAAACAGACCCCCUCAGCCCCUUAUCCUCACAGCAGAUUGUGGUGGAAAUUAUAGCCAUGUGCCUCUAUUUAAUCUCAGAAUUGUACUGUGGAAACAAGUGUUUAUGAGGAAUAAACAAAUCACCAGAACUGCCUAUACUUAA